UACUGUCACAGUCACUGUCAUUAGUGACAAUUUAAAUAUUUUAAUGUUUGUUGUUAUUCUUCGUUAUAUCUUUUAACAAUGAUGAAUUUUCCAUAAAGUCUGUGAAUAAAUAUCAUGGAAUUAUGUACAAAUUCACAGGAUUUGUGUAUUUUUUCGUUCAUUGGGUUUUGACAACCGGAACCAAUUCGAAGGUGCUUUACGUAAAUAUCGGCCGUAAUUUGACGAUACCAUGUCCCAUUCACCGAACGAAGGACGUUAUGUGGGUAAGGGAGGGCCGAGAUUUUCAAAGACAUUCUCGAAUGACUGUUCAGGAAGAUGGUUCUCUAUUCAUACAUCAAGUUGACAGAAAUGACUCUGGGGUAUACUCUUGCAGUAGGGAAAAUGUUGUGAAUUCUGACGUCAACUCAAAAAUCGAAGUGAAAGUUAGAACUCCUCCGCCAGCUUUAGUUAAUGUUUUUGUGAGACCGAGUACCAUUCUAGCCCUCCUCUUGUGGGAAGUGGGGGGCAAUGGAGGUUUCCCUAUUAUCAAUUUCACUGCUCAGUACCGACUAGCCUAUACAAAUGACAGUUGGAUACCUAUAUCGCCCAACCACAUCACUCCUAAUUCUCGACAGAUUGAAGUUUAUAAGUUGGUCCCUAACACCACAUACCAAUUCAGAAUAUGGGCAACAAACCAGUUGGGCAGAGGUGUUAUAACGGAAGUCUAUGGUAAAACUUUGGAUGUUUAUAAUGAAAUAGAAUUGGCGAGACAUUUAUUAGAAGGGGCUGAUGAAUUCGAUACGAGGGUUUGGGCUGUAGCUGUCGGUAUUGUGAUGGGAACUUUGAUUCUGCUAGGUUUAGGAACUUGUUUUCUACUUUAUCAGGAAUGUAAAGUACCAGGAGCUGUGGAAGAACAAGAAAUUAUAGAAUUGGUACCAAACAUUAUUUUAAAUCCAGGCUUCGACCCGAACACCAAUGCGGAACAGGUACCUGACGAAAACUCCAAUAGCGAAACUCCCUUUCGACUCAAUAAUAACACUGUCGUACAACCUAAUAAUUUGUAAGGUUUACAACUUCUCGAUCAUUGUUUGAGGUAUCUUUUUAGAGUUGUAAACAACAGUGAUUGCUUUUAUUUUUGAGUUCUGAGCCUGUGAUUCAGUCCUAGUCACAAUUUUUAGGAUAGCAAACUACAUUUUUGUUGAUAUUUACUCACUUGUUCAGCAACCUGAUGAGGUUCAAUAUUUUUUUUGCAGAACUACUCGAAAAUAUUUUUAUCGAAGCUGUUUUCUAUAAAUAUGUUGAAUCGAAUUUCGGGUCGAGAAUUUCAAUAUUUCCACUGAUCUUAUAUCAGUCGAGGUACAUACGUUUCAUUUAGCUGACUGAUAACCAUAACCAUAUCAGAUAAGUAAUAAUUUUAUUGAACAACUGUACUUCCUUUCACUCCUCUAAACAAAUAUCAAUCUUUCAAUGAAAAAACUCAAAUACUUUCUACUUUUAAAAAUUCUAACUACAAAAAACUUAACUGCAAAAAUUGUUUUGUGUUGGAGAUCAUCUAACAGUGGAUGAACUCAUUUUUUCUAAUCAUUUAGCAUCAAUUUACAGGGAUAUUUGAUCCAUUAUAAAAAAAACCAACAAAUGCAUCACAUUGGACUGAGAAAUUAGUCGUUUUCUUUGAAAUUCACAAGGAAAGAAUCUUAGCUUAAAAUUCUGAUGAGAUAAUGAGUUACCUUCAGUGUUACUAUCUUCAUUUGGAACUGCAUUCUAAAGUUUUGCCAACACGGGUGGCUGGCUUCUUCAGAGGCCGGCGUGCUUUUCAAUAACGGGUCCUCAAAUUCCUCGACAAUGUUUAUCUUUGCUAUGCUGAUCGAGAGUUGAUACUUUUUUUUCGAAAUUAUUAUUUUAAGCCUGAAAAAAGGAAUUUCAUCUCAUUGCUAUUUUACAAGAUAAAUAUCACUUGUUACUAUUUAAAAGACACACAAGGGUACACAAUUGACUAGGUUUUUCAUUGCGACAAGUGCAGAAGCGUCUCCAUAAGUAAGAGCGAUGACAUCUGCUCUCACGAUGACGCCAUCUAUGGGAAAUAAAUGAUAGAACUGACCGACACUUGAUGAAAGCCAUUAUAACGUGUGCUUUGAAUACGCCAUCUAUGGGAUCGACGGUUAACUAAAUCGUCGAAUAUUCAAAAUGCAUGCUUGUGUCGAAGCUUGGCUUUGCAGUUGUAAAGCCAGCUCUCAGCUUCUACCGCAAGGCAACUAUUUGGAAAAUAGAGCCCCAAAACAACGCCAUGGUUUUUAAGGAUUGAAUUCUCUGCCAAUCCCAUAGAUAGCGUCUUUCUAAGGAGAGAUGUCAUCGGCCUUCUACUGGGGCUUGUCUUUUAAGAACAGUUGAGUCCAGCAACGCAGAUGAGGUCUAUGGCAGGUCGAAACAGCUUUGUGUGGUAUUGAAUCUUAAAUGCCUUGGUUUUUGAAGAUUGAAUUCUCUGCCAAUCCCAUAAAUGGCGUCUUUGUAAGGGGAGAUGUAAUCGGCUUACUACUUGGGCUUGUCUUUUAAGGACAGUUGAGUCCUGCAACGCUGAUGAGCUCUAUGGCAGGUCGAAGCAGCGUUGUCUCGUGUUGAAUCAUAAAUUACUUGUUUUUUGAGGACUGAAUUCUCUGCCAAUAUGGCGUCUUUGUAAGGAGAGAUGUCAUCGGCCUUCUACUUGGGCUUGUCUUUCAAGGACAGUUGAGUCCAGUAAUGCUGAUGAGGUCUAUGGCUGGUCGAAACAGCGUUGUCUGGUGUUGAAUCAUAAAUUCCUUGGUUUUUGAGGAUUGAAUUCUCUGUCAAUUCCAUAAAUGGCGUCUUUGUAAGGGGAGAUGUAAUCGGCCUUCUACUUGGGCUUGUCUUUUAAGGACAGUUGAGUCCAGCAACGUUGAUGAGAUCUAUGGCAGGUCGAAACAGCUUUGUCUGGUGUUGAAUCAUAAAUGCCUUGGUUUUUAAGGACUGAAUUAUCUGCCAAUAUGGCGUCUUUGUAAGGAGAGAUGUCAUCGGCCUUCUACUUGGGCUUGUCUUUUAAGGACAGUUGAGUCCAGUAAUGCUGAUGAGGUCUAUGGCCGGUCGAAACAGCGUUGUCUGGUGUUGAAUCAUAAAUUCCUUGGUUUUUGAGGAUUGAAUUCUCUGUCAAUUCCAUAGAUGGCGUCUUUGUGAGGGGAGAUGUCAUCGGCCUUCUACUUGGGCUUGUCUUUUAAGAACAGUCGAGUCCAGCAACGCUGAUGAGGUCUAUGGCAGGUCGAAACAGUGUUGUCUGGUGUUGAAUCAUAAAUGCCUUGGUUUUUGAAGAUUAAAUUCUGUGCCAAUCCCAUAGAUGGCGUCUUUGUAAGGGGAGAUGUCAUCGGCCUUCUACUUGGGCUUGUCUUUUGAGGACAGUCGAGUCCAGCAACGCUGAUGAGGUCUAUGGCAGGUCGAAACAGCGUUGUCUGGUGUUGAAUCAUAAAUGCCUUGGUUUUUAACGACUGAAUUAUCUGCCAAUAUGGCGUCUUUGUAAGGAGAGAUGUCAUCGGCCUUCUACUUGGGCUUGUCUUUUAAGGACAGUUAAGUCCAGUAAUGCUGAUGAGGUCUAUGGCCGGUCGAAACAGCGUAGUCUGGUGUUGAAUCAUAAAUUCCUUGGUUUUUGAGGAUUGAAUUCUCUGUCAAUUCCAUAGAUGGCGUCUUUGUACAGGGAGAUGUCAUCGGCCUUCUACUUGGGCUUGUCUUUUAAGAACAGUUGAGUCCAGCAACGCAGAUGAGGUCUAUGGCAGGUCGAAACAGCUUUGUGUGGUGUUGAAUCAUGAAUGCCUUGGUUUUUGAAGAUUUAAUUCUCUGCCAAUCCCAUAGAUGGCGUCUUUGUAAGGGGAGAUGUCAUCGGCCUUCUACUUGGGCUUGUCUUUUAAGAACAGUUGAAUCCAUCAAUGCUGGUCUAUGGCAAGUCGAAACAGCUUUGUCUGGUGUUGAAUCAUAAAUGCCUUGUGUUUGGGCCCUAGUUCCCAAAGAGUCUGUCUCUAUAUUCAUUUAAACAUUUUGGCAAGGUCUGGUUUCCAAAAAUGUUGAAGGUCAAAAGUUUUCUGUUUUCAUAAUACUCGAAAUGAUACUCAUAUGACAAUUAGUUUUGAAGGCACUGUAAUAUAGUUGAUGAAUUUUAUUAGAAGAUUCUGUUAUUGUGAGUUUCAAUGAAAUGCUGAUACAAUCGUGAUGGGAAACAUUAUACGUGUAUGUUAAGUAAAAGGAUGAACGAUAAUGCUCUGUUUUAAUUAAUGAUGUAUUUUAAUUCUUAAUGUACAUAACUUUCCCAUAUAUUUUCAUCCCCUUAAUUCGAUUACAUCAACAUGAAAGUGUUUUCUACCACAAAUGAGAGUCAAAAUUGAUUUUUCUGCCGUAAUCUAAUUGAAUGCUUCCUAGGUUUAGCAAACUAUUGACAUAGAAUAGAUGAAAACGAGAGUUGUGAGUUCUAGUUCCAUUCGCACAAGUACCGCCGUGAUUUUUUAAGAUAAAGUUGUUGAAACCUUGUGUUGAAAGUAAAGAGGUUGUAAUUACGUAUGCUUUGUAUUUUAAAACUUCCAGUUAGGGUACUAUUGUAGGGUAGCUCAACAACACUGUGUUCAUUGCUUUCCCGAAGGCUAUGAAAUUCUUGCGUUUUAGAAAUAUGUACAUUGUAAAUUUUAUCAGUGCCUAUGAUAGUUUGAUAUUUACUAAAGUAUUAGCUUCACGCAGAGAAAUAUUGACACAGACUGAUUUUUCCAUUUUUAUUAUUAUGUAAAUUUUGAGAAUGGUAUUGUGUGCAGAGUCGUAUUGGCCUACAUUUUGCUGUUCGAUAGGAUUCGAAAAUCCUCGAAUUGUAUACUUCGAACAAUAGGAAUUAUUCAUUGCAUCCCUUCUCUCCUUACAUAUUUACAAAAAUAAUUCCAUCGAUGCACAUUUCAUUUGUAAUAUUUCUAGUGUGAAAGUUCUUUUAGUGUUUAUUGACCGUGGUCUGCAGGUUUUUAUGCCUGACGUUUCGUCUACUGCUGCGGUAGACAUUAUCAAAAUCGGUGUGGUAACGGUCACAUCGCGUUUGGCAGUGUCUACCGCAGUAGUAGACGAAACGUCAGAUAUAAAACCUGCAGACCACGGCCAAAAAUCCCGUAAAAUAGCUUUCACACAGUUAUCAACGGCCGUGAAAGUUUACAUUCUUUGAUCAAUAUUUCAAAUGUUUGUGAUUAAUAUUUGACUUUUUCUAUUAUAUCUUAGUUUCUUUGUUGGUGAAAAACCGCUGAACGGAAGUCUAAAUAUUUUCAGGGCAAUAUGAUCGGAGACGGAUGCAAUAUUGAAUUCUUUUACCCUAUCAAAAAAAAUUGUAUAUGUCGGAUUGUAAAGAUCUGAUCUGUACAGAAUGCGUGCUUAAUUUUGUUCGAAUGAAAUGUCAGAAUGAAUUGUAAAUAAUGAAUCGGUGGGUUUGAUAUAAACUGCACCAGUUGCUUUCCAUAUAUGUGAUGUGCUUUUAUACAAAAAAAAAUGUAUACAAACAUGUGUAUUGUCAUAUCAAUGGAGAUGUUUCAUUGAAAUAUGUUUUAAUAAUUAUAAACAUUUUGUAGGCAGUAAGUGAUUUUUUCUAUGAAAUGUCUCUCCUAAAAGGUAUAUAUAUAUGAAACAUAAUUUUAUACAUGAUUCGUGAUAUUGAUGCUGUUAGUGUUGUCAUAAUUUUUAAGUUGAAGGGGGAAUUUCGAAGGUUCCAUCCUGGUUUACUGCUUUGCUUAGCUUUACUAGAUGAUUUGGAAAUGUAGAUCUUCUAUCGAUAUGUUUUUGCCAAUAGCCGAUAUUAUCUUCUUUCCGAAGAUUGUUUUUGGGGCUCGGCUUGCUUUCGAGUAUACAUCUAUAAAUGUUUUUGCUUAUACAUAAACAGCUUCAAAAUCAGCUCCUGAUUAGUAGUCUUGUUUUCUGCAAACUAGUUUUCAUCAAUUUCGUCUAGGCCAAUUCAGCUAAAAAAGAGAAGAAGAGAAGAAACUGGAGGAAUUUGUCAAACAAUACAUCUGUCAAUCUCUACAAUUAACGAUUCAAAAUUAACGUUUUUUGCACAUCAAUGCAAAAUUUCUGGAGUGAUUUUGAUUUAUUGUAACUUUCAUUCAAUAUUUAAGAUAACAUUCUGAUCUUCUUUAAAUUUAUUGUCGAACACAAUCUAUCAUGUCUCAGUUAUAGUUGCAUAUGGAUAAUAGUAACUUUAAGCAGGAUCUAGAGAAAUACUUUAUCCAUUCAUCGUUAACAAGUAAAAAUAUUUGCAGCUAAUUGGUAGAUAUGAACGCUCGAUAUUGGCCUAUCGAAUAUGACUUAUAUAGAAUGGAAUGAUUCACGAGUUUCAUUUCAUUCAAAAAUUCUGAGGUGAAUCCUAUUAAAUGAUUUAUUUAAUUGGUUUGUAGAAGCUGAAAACUAUUUUUUCUCAUAUUCUCUGAAGAGUAGUUUUCACUUUCAUUAUUUAUAUCUGCAAACAUUCAACGGUACUUGACAUAAUUUUAGUGGGGGCAUAGAAAUUGCCAUAAUGGGUAAAUAAAAACAAUAAUAUUCAGAAACACACAAGAUGAACCGAAUUAUAUCAAGAUACUAUUUCAAAACUAUUUUAUCUAAAACUACAGUGAUAUAAAGGACAACACAAAAAACAAGAAACACUGAUGCUUUAUAACAGUCAUAUGGACAAUUUUUCAAAUAAAUACUUGAAGAUGGGAACUAAGAAUUAUAGAAAAGUUUGAGAAAUAUAUGGAAGAAUCAGAAUGCUGGAAUGAAACUGGCCAAAACUUUCCUAUAAGAAUUAUUUUUAUUUUCACCAUAGAAAGUUUACAAAACCGCGACAGCAAGAUUAGAUAUACUACUUCCAGAUUGAAACAUUUCAUAUUAUAAAAACAUUACUAUGAUCUGCAGUCUGAUCAGAUAAUUAAUUCUAAUCUAGUUUUAACUACAUAUAAUGAGCGGAAUCAAAAUAAAUCCUUUCAGUAAGUUAUCAAGAUACUCAAACUACUGAAAGGAAUACUGAAAUUGUUAUUUCUCUAUUUUUCACUUUGUCUUUAAACGUUUCUGUGAAUUAUCAAUAUGAUUCGGGAUCUUUCAUCAAGUCAACAUUGUACCUUUUGAUGUUAUAAAUUUGUAAAUUAUGAUAAUUUUUAUGCACCCAUUUCAGUUAACUUUUUGAAGGUUGUGACAUUGCCUGAAAUUCUGUGAAUGAUUACGGUUUACCUUACAGUUACUGCUUAUCUUUGUGAAUAAGUUACCUUUGAAUUAGUGUCUAUCAAUAAUCUAUUUAUAUAUACACUUAAACUCUUGAAACUUUUUUUUCAGAUCUGCUUAUAAUUUACGAAUUUAUUUUUAUUCUGUGGUACCUAGAAUGUAAAACAAUGAACAUUUAUAAAACAUCAUUCGUUCUACUGAAAAUAGGGAUCUCAAUUUUUGAGAUCUAAAAAGUUUUCCAGGUUGGUAAUAUUUUCAUGUGUGCCAUAUCUUCAUGAAUUAUUCAAGAACUAUAAUUGGUGAUUUAGUUUUAAGCUUAUAUCUUAUGCAUUUAUUACAUUCAAAUAAAAUUCCUUUUUAUUUCAAA